UACUUUCUGUUUUUCACUUCCUUCUCUUCAGAGCUGUAUCCGGGUCGUUGCUUUCUCUAUUGUCUCAGGCAACCGGCCUGUGUAAAAUCUGGGGCUUUUGUUGCAGGCUAAUAAAGUUUUUAAAUUUUUUUUUCUAAGUGUUUUAACGGGGGAAGUUUACUCCCCAGGGCUGCCAGGUUGGCUGCGGUGCUGGGCCGGAGGGCGCCUCAGGCCGGGGAGCCCAAAAAGGCGGCGUUUGAGCGGCCGGGGCCGGUUCUGCGAGGACUAGGGGGCGGGGGGCGGGAGGGGAACUGCAGGGCUGCACCUGGGGCGCCUCGGUCUGGUUCGCGCCGCCGCCCAUUUUCGGUAGCAUCUUUUGGACUUGUUUCCGCGGUCUCAGUCCUCGACCUUCGCGCUGCCUGGGCUCCCACAGCCUCUCCCUAGGUGUCCUCCAAACGACCACCUCGGAUUCCUUAUGGAUCGCAGCUCCAAGAGGAGGCAGGUGAAGCCUUUGGCAGCUUCUCUGCUAGAAGCUCUCGAUUAUGAUAGUUCAGAUGACAGUGAUUUUAAAGUUGGAGAUGCUUCAGAUUCUGAAGGGAGUGGUAAUGGAAGUGAAGAUCCUUCAAAGGACAGUGGAGAAGGUUCCUGUAGUGAUUCUGAAGAAAAUAUUUUAGAGGAAGAACUGAAUGAAGACAUUAAAGUAAAAGAAGAACAACUUAAAAAUUCUGCAGAGGAAGAAAUACUGUCAUCAGAAAAACAGUUAGUUAAAGUAGAAAAGAAGGAAGAAGAAGAGAAUGGAGAAAGACCUAGAAAGAAAAAGGAGAAAGAGAAGGAAAAAGAAAAGGAGAAAGAGAAGGACAAAGAAAAAGAGAAAGAGAAGGAGAAAGAAAAAGCAACAGUAUCUGAUAAUGUGGCUGCUUCUGCUGCUUCCACCACACCAGCCACAAGUCCUCCUGCUGUUAACACAUCUCCUUCAGCCCCCACUACGACAACUACAGAGGAACAAGUCAGUGAGCCAAAAAAGUGGAACCUUCGUCGAAAUCGACCACUUCUGGAUUUUGUAUCCAUGGAAGAGCUGAAUGACAUGGAUGACUAUGACAGUGAAGAUGACAAUGAUUGGCGACCCACUGUGGUAAAAAGAAAGGGAAGAUCUGCAUCUCAGAAAGAAGGAAGUGAUGGAGACAACGAGGAUGAUGAAGAUGAGGGAAGUGGCAGUGAUGAGGAUGAGAAUGAUGAAGGCAAUGAUGAAGAUCAUAGCAGCCCUGCCAGUGAAGGGGUUUGCAAGAAGAAGAAGAGUAAAGUUCUUAGCAGAAACAGUGCUGAUGAUGAGGAACUGACCAAUGAUAGCCUGACACUAUCUCAGAGCAAGAGUAAUGAGGACUCGCUGAUUCUUGAGAAGAGUCAAAACUGGAGUUCUCAAAAAAUGGACCAUAUUCUGAUUUGCUGUGUUUGUCUUGGAGAUAAUAGCGAGGAUGCUGAUGAAAUAAUUCAGUGUGAUAAUUGUGGCAUUACAGUCCAUGAAGGUUGCUAUGGAGUUGAUGGAGAGAGUGACUCUAUUAUGAGUUCAGCUUCUGAAAACUCCACUGAACCUUGGUUUUGUGAUGCCUGUAAAUGUGGUGUUUCCCCUAGCUGUGAACUAUGUCCCAAUCAGGAUGGAAUUUUCAAGGAGACAGAUGCUGGAAGAUGGGUUCACAUUGUUUGUGCGCUGUAUGUUCCUGGAGUAGCCUUUGGAGAUAUUGACAAGUUACGACCGGUAACACUAACAGAAAUGAACUAUUCCAAAUAUGGUGCCAAGGAGUGUAGCUUCUGUGAAGACCCUCGUUUUGCUAGAACUGGAGUUUGCAUUAGCUGUGAUGCAGGAAUGUGCAGAGCCUAUUUCCACGUAACCUGUGCUCAGAAGGAAGGUCUGCUUUCAGAGGCAGCAGCAGAAGAGGAUAUAGCAGAUCCAUUUUUUGCUUAUUGUAAGCAACAUGCGGAUAGGUUAGACAGAAAGUGGAAGAGGAAAAACUACUUGGCUCUACAGUCCUAUUGUAAAAUGUCUUUACAAGAAAGAGAAAAGCAACUAUCACCAGAAGCACAGGCAAGGAUCAAUGCCCGACUUCAACAAUAUCGUGCCAAAGCAGAACUAGCUCGAUCCACCAGACCCCAGGCCUGGGUUCCAAGGGAAAAAUUGCCCAGACCACUCACUAGCAGUGCUUCAGCCAUUCGUAAACUGAUGCGGAAAGCAGAGCUAAUGGGGAUCAGUACAGAUAUAUUUCCAGUGGACAAUUCAGAUACUAGUUCUAGUGUGGAUGGAAGGAGAAAGCAUAAGCAACCUGCCCUCACUGCUGAUUUUGUGAAUUAUUAUUUUGAGAGAAAUAUGCGCAUGAUUCAAAUUCAGGAAAAUAUGGCUGAACAAAAGAAUAUAAAGGAUAAAUUGGAGAAUGAACAAGAAAAGCUUCAUGUGGAAUAUAAUAAGCUAUGUGAAUCUUUAGAGGAACUACAAAACCUGAACGGAAAACUUCGAAAUGAAGGACAAGGAAUAUGGGCCUUACUAGGCAGAAUCACAGGGCAGAAGUUGAACAUACCGGCAAUUUUGCGAGCACCCAAGGAGAGAAAACCAAGUAAAAAAGAAGGAGGCACACAAAAGACAUCUACUCUUCCAGCAGUGCUUUAUAGUUGUGGAAUUUGUAAGAAGAACCAUGAUCAGCAUCUUCUUUUAUUGUGUGAUACCUGUAAACUCCAUUACCAUCUUGGAUGUCUGGACCCUCCUCUUACAAGAAUGCCAAGAAAGACCAAAAACAGUUAUUGGCAGUGUUCAGAAUGUGACCAAGCAGGGAGCAGUGACAUGGAAGCAGACAUGGCCAUGGAAACCUUACCAGAUGGGACCAAACGAUCAAGGAGGCAGAUUAAGGAACCAGUGAAAUUUGUUCCACAGGAUAUGCCUCCAGAACCCAAGAAGAUUCCAAUAAGAAACACGAGAACCAGAGGACGAAAACGAAGCUUCAUUCCUGAGGAAGAAAAACAUGAGGAAAGAGUUCCUAGAGAGAGAAGACAAAGGCAAUCUGUAUUACAAAAGAAGCCCAAGGCUGAAGAUUUACGAACUGAAUGUGCAACUUGCAAAGGAACUGGAGACAAUGAAAAUCUUGUCAGAUACCCUUCAUGAGACCCAACUCUGCCACAGCUCAUCCUCGGAGGCAAUCCUGGAAACCUCUUUUAUAAGUGUGAUUUUAAAAAUGUGGAUAACACCCUCAAUAGAGUACAUACAGUAAAGGAGAACAGCUAUCUUGUCCUUCCCAUAACCUUUCACUGCAAAAAGUUGCCUUUGCUUGUCAGGUUUGGAUAGACUGUAAUUGAUUGGUUUGUUCCUUGGACUGACAAGGCAGUUAAAUUUGCCUGCCUGGAUUCUUCUCUUUUCUUUUCUUUUUUUCUUCUUUCUUUUUUCUUUUGCACUAAUCAGAAACAUUUGAUAUGUGCAUUGUUAAAAAAAAAUACUAGAUAAUGUCUUGUCAGAAUUGUUCUAUUAAGUAAUGUCUUCCCCUCUUGCUUCUUUGGCGAAUGAUAUACAGUGUUUGGACUUACUGAAGAGUUAUGGAAGCCUGUGGGACUUACAUGCUAUGUGCUACUCACUGUUGAACAAAUCUAGUAACAAACAAAAAAGACAAUGCAUUCCAUUAGUCUGCUAUUCUGUCUCAUCCAACUUAAUACAUAUAUUC